CUAGUAGUGCAUGUCACUGCUAAGCUAAUUCAACCAGUUAAAAGAACGCUACGGUGAACGCAGUGAUGGGUAGUGACGAUGUAGAAAGACGGAGGGACUGUAGUCCUCAUCGAAUUUGGAGCUGAAAGUUAUUCAAAUGUCUAAUUUCCGUGGCAGACCCUUUGAAAUUAUUGGUUUACUUGAAGUCUUAACAUUGUUGUUCUAACUAAGUGAUGGAGGACGAUUUCGUCUGCGAUUAUGAUUCGACCUGGGAAAGCGAUGGGGACGACCCCGGAGAAAACCAAACGCGUCGCUCAAACCAGGAAAAAACGAAAUCUUGGCUGUGGCUCAACACUUCCUCAAGAAACAUGCGAGCGGCAAAGGAUAUGCAGAACUACAGGCGAGGUUAUCCUAAUCUUAAAGAUGAGGAAUGCCCAGAAGACAGAAUGAUUAAUUUGAAAUUUUAUCUAAAUGAAUAUCGCUCUUCUCCUGAUGAUGUUUCAAUUGAUUCAUUUCUAAAAGAGUGGAAGACGGACUAUAAGAGGUUGGAAAGAGUUCACUCCUACAUUCAGUGGCUUUUUCCUCUGCGUGAGCCGGGAGUGAACAACAUGGCUUCUGAGCUGACCUUGAACGAGAUCCAGGCCUUCAAGAAGAAUACUGAUGCCACACGAAGGCUGGUGGAAUCUUAUGAACUUAUGCUGGGCUUUUAUGGCAUCAGGCUGGUCAACCAAGACACUGGCAAAGUAGAGCGUGCUGAAAACUGGAAAGAAAGAUUUCAUAAUCUUGAACGUAACGUACACAACAACCUGCGCAUUACUCGCAUCCUGAAGAGCCUGGGAGAGCUGGGCUUUGAGCACUACCAGGCUCCACUGGUACGCUUCUUCCUGGAGGAGACACUGGUCAAGAAGAACCUCGGUAGUGUCAAGCGCAGCGUGCUUGACUACUUCCUGUUUGCUGUUCGUAACAAGAAGGAGCGUAAAGAUCUGGUGUUUUAUGCCUACCAGCAUUAUGAGCCUAAGGACAAGUUUGUCUGGUGCCCCAAAAAGAUUCAGAAACAGUUAAAGGUUAAGGCUGCAGGGUCCAGAGAUGGAGUGGAGGAAGGUCGCUCACAGGCUAAAGGAAGAGAAGCAGAGACCGGAGCAUCUCCUAAGGAUGAAAAAGACACGCCAGAGGAUGGCACGCUCCCUCAGAAGGAACCUGAAGACGCAAGUGCAUUGAUUGUCCCUCCCAAACCAGAGUUGAAAUCUCUGGGAGAUGGUAACAGCAAUGAUAAUGAUGACAUGGACCACUCUGACAGCGCAGACCCCGAUUCUGGAAAAGGGGAGAGUGAUAUGGAGGGAGGACUGAAAGAUGGCAGUCGGGCAAAGUACACUAUCCAAGAGACUGCUCUAGUCCCAGAAACAGAGUGUGAAAAACCAUUGAAGAAGAAACGGGAAGGUGACAGUGAGACUCUCAGCAACAGACCUACAGGGGACCUCACCAAUGGGCAGGCGGCCAUCCUCAACACAGUCCCCCCCAAUGACACACUUUCUGAUCAGACAUGCCUGUCUGAAGCACCACCCGUCAAGGCUGCCACUGAAGGUUCCUCUAAAGGUUCUCCCUCCCUUUUGUCAGAACCAGGGGAGAAAAUCCCUCGCACUGACUUCACAUCUGUUCCUGAGGAGGGGAUGGCAGUACAGCCAGUAGCGAGUCUGGAAACCCUUGAGAAAGCUGGUGGUGACCAGACAAAUGGAAAAGAUGUGGAGAAGAUGGAUGUGGAAUCCAACACUCCAAACUCAGAACAAGACAUGGGACUCCUGAAUAUAUAAAGAAGGAGCAUGAAGUAUCAAAUUUAGUUAUAUGGUGUUCUAAAAGUGACAGGUACUGAAGGUGUAAUGUGUUCCCAGGCCUUAUUGUUUUCUACUCUUCUCUCAUUAUUAUUAUUAUGUCAAUUGAUCUCUUUUGUCAAAGAUCUGAUGAAUUACAGGAAUCAUUUUUAAAUGCAAAUCCAUCAAUUGCUUAUUAGUUGGUUAGAACUGGGAUAUCUGUUCAGGUGGCAGGACAAUAAUACUGUGCCAUAGGUUAAUGAAAUGUCCCUAUUGAUAACAUGAACCCUUUUAAGUUUACUUGUGUAAGAAGCAUUAUUGAUGAAAUGCUUGUUUCAACCAAUAUGUAUAAUGCAACUGUCUUUUCUUAAUACACAUAACACUAUCAAAAGCUGUGAAUGCAGUUGUUUUGCACUGAAAAUGUGGGAAACUGAUUGGUAAAUAUUAUGAUGAGGCUAUACUCAAAUUGACAUUCUGCAUUAUUUUCUUUUGGAACCCCCCUGUGAAAAGGGAACAUGAUUGUAUGCCCUUAGUUUCUUUCAGGGUUGUUGCACAAUUUGUAUAUUUUGGCUAAGAGAUAUGAGUUAUAUGAAGGACGAAAUUGCAACAAAAAAAAACAAGACUGGGUGAUUGGGUGAUUGUAUGUGGUCUUGGCAGUAUUAGAAUAAAAUAUGCUGUAUUGAGUGAAAUACAUGUGGUUGAUGUAAGGUCCUGGUUACGAUCUGUUCCAUUGCUAGCCCUUGUGGUCUUUAUUUAUUACAUUUAAUGUUAAUUUGUUUCUAUAUAUUCAAGAAAUGAUUAGCCAAAGCCCAGGUUACCCUCCUAGAAUAUUGAAUUGCAAAUCUCAGGAAACCCUGUGGUGGAUGGUAAACUUUGAUUUCUGUAUGGGUCAUGAUUAUUCAAUUUGUGUGGACACAAGUUGAUGGUGCAUUGUUCAGGACACAAUUUCAUAUUAAUUAUUUGUAAAUGGCAAGAAUUUAUGCUCCAUAUUAAUUUGUACUCUACCAUGCAGCUUCUGAGAUCUGUUGAAUACAUUAAUAAAGAUUGUGCAACUGCU